AUGCAGCCCUCCGACAACUCAAGCCUUCCUUCAUCCUCGUCGGAAAGGGAUGUUUUCUCGCCAUCAGCAACAGACAAAGUAUCAAAAGGAGGAAAAAAGACAACAUUUGAACUCAGCAACAUUACUAUACACCAUCAACAACACAAUACAAAUCUUGAAGCCUCUCCAGUGAGACUUCCGAAACCUGUGUUUGCCCAUGAUGAAGAAUACAGCGACGAGGAAGAAACAACAUUGGAGAGAGGGAAAGCAGCCGAACAUCAAAGUUUAUUGAAAGGAGAGGACGAAAGAGAGUCUUUAGGAAUUACAAAUCUUGACGUUUUCUUUCAGCAAGUCUACACAUAUUUCAAUGAAAAAGGUUUUUGGUGUUUGCUAGUAGAAAGACUUCUACGGUUGUGCUCCGUGUUCUUUAUGAUGGUCUUUUCAACCUUUUUAUUUGUAUUCUUAGAUUGGGCUGCCAUGUGGCAUUGCCAAGAUGUACAAUGUAAAAAGAUUCCAAUAAUUCGUGAUGAUGUAUGGACUUUGAACGCGUUUCAUGUGAUUGUACUUUUAUUUGAAUUGGUUGUUUUCUUUUAUUGGUUUAGUCUUGUUGUCAAAUAUGGCAAAGACGUUUUAUCCAUGAUAGCAAUCAAAAAUUUCUACAACUACGAUUUAAACAUUUCAGAACAAGAUAUUCAAACGAUACAGUGGAAUGAAGUAGUGGAAAAAAUAAUUGAGCUUCAACAUAAGAGAAAGAUAUAUAUUGUAAAGAAUAUUGAUGAAUUUGACAUUCUCAACCGUAUCAUGAGAAAAGAAAACUAUUUGAUUUCACUAAUCAACAAGGAAAUUAUGAAUCUGAAAAUUCCCUUCUUCCAACGAACUUAUCUAUCCGAAUCAUUGAUUUAUAAUUUGAGAUUGAUGGUUGAUUCCAUGUUUGACAGUGAUUUCAAAAUUAAUCAAUCCUUUGUAAAUUCUUCUUCUUUGAGCUUAUACUUUGUGAAAUUAGGAAUAAUUAAUUUAUUACUUGCCCCAUUCCUUCUGAUUUAUUUUCUGCUCUAUACCUCCUUCAAAUAUUUAGCUGAAUUGAAGAACAAUCCAAAACAGGUUCUUGGAAGAAGGUGGUCACUCUAUGCACACUUCAAGUUUAGAGAAUACCAUGAACUUUCUCAUGAGUUUGAGAGAAAGCUAAAUCAAGCAUAUGGCCUAGCUACCGAGUAUUUGAAUCAAUUCCCCAAUAUUUUCCUGUCUAUUGUUGCUCACCGAAUAAUGUUCUUCAUUUCAGCUCUAGCUGGUGUUAUUAUUGUGCUUUCCUAUCUCAACAAUUCCCUAACGAUUUAUUUCACUGUUUUUAAUCAAAACCUACUCACAUGGUUGACCACACUACUUUUUGCUUGGGCAUAUGUGAAAGGAUUUGUCAUUGAUGAACAUGCUGUAUUCAACCCAAAACAGAAAUUAGAUGAAAUCUGUGAAACUCUUCAUCAUCAUGAUCUCUCUUGGAAGGGAAAAGGACACCAUCAAAGCGUACGAAACGCCUUUCUUUCAUAUUUCAUCCCUAGCUAUCAAUAUUUCUUAAACGAGAUAUUUAGUGUAUUUAUCACUCCGCUUAUAUUAAUUAUCUCUUUACCAAAGAGUGCAGAUAAUAUCGUAAAAUUUAUUGAAAAGGUGACGGUUGAUUACGAAGGAUUAGGAGAUGUUUGUGGCCACGCUGCUUUCAAAUUCAACCAAUUUGGAAAUAAUAUGUAUGGAAGUAAUACCAACACUGAUAACAAACAAGUAGCCUCAGAGUUUGGAAAGAUGGAAAUAUCUUAUUUAAGUUUUUUACAAAAGUACCCUAACUAUAAGCCAAAGGAAGACAAUGGCGAAAUGGAAUUUAUCAAGGCCGUGGAAAAAUCAUAUUGUGGAAUUCAGACGUCUGAAACUGCCACAUCUCAAAAUCCUCCACAAAAGAUUGAGACUCCUCCUCCAAGCACUCCAACUUUCCGUACACAUCUGCAAGUACCACGACAACCACUCAACUUGUCACAACAAAUCCAUAGCCAUUAUGACAACCCAUUAACCCAAUCUAGAAUGUUAUUCAACAUGCUCGAAAGUACUUUAGAGCAGUAA